GCGGGUGCCGCAGUGAGGAGGCGGUGCUCGGCCGCGGUGCGGGGGGACCGGGAGCGGGGCUGCUGAGGGCCAGUGAGGAGGGCGAGGGAGGGCUCGGCCGCCGGUGAGUCCGUCUCCCCCCUCCCCCCCGCCCACCCCCCGUCCUGUCCCGCGGCCGCAGGAAAUGAGCGAUAACGAUGACAUCGAGGUGGAGAGCGACGAAGAGCAACCGAGGUUUCAGUCUGCGGCUGACAAACGGGCUCAUCAUAAUGCACUGGAGCGCAAGCGCAGGGACCAUAUCAAAGACAGCUUCCACAGUUUGCGGGACUCCGUUCCAUCACUCCAAGGAGAGAAGCAACAGGCAUCCCGGGCCCAAAUCUUAGACAAAGCCACAGAGUAUAUCCAGUACAUGCGAAGGAAAAACCACACACACCAGCAGGACAUCGACGACCUCAAGCGGCAGAACGCUCUCCUGGAGCAGCAAGGGCAAAGCGAGAGCCGCUCAAGGUCUUUGUUCCGGGGAGUUCACUUCUCUUCCUCCCUCAUGGAAGAUGCAAGUAGAAGGAAAUUCCGUGCACUGGAGAAAGCGAGGUCGAGCGCCCAGCUGCAGGCCAACUACUCUUCCUCGGACAGCAGCCUGUACACCAACCCCAAGGGCAGCACCAUCUCCGCCUUCGACGGGGGCUCCGACUCCAGCUCCGAGUCAGAGCCGGAAGAGCCCCAGAGCCGAAAGAAGCUCCGCAUGGAGGCCAGCUAAGCAGGGCAGGCCAGCACUAAAAACUGUCUGUCUGUCUCCUCCUCCUCCUCCUCCUCCGUCUCCUCCUCGGUUCAUCGUUAGACACCCCCCGCCCCCCAAGCCGUUUCACAGACUCUGUAUUUUUCUCUCUUUUUUUUUUUUUUUUUAAGUAGAAGCUCUUGGACUGCAGCUUUCACCCCACCUUUCCCCUACCCUUCAGCAACUCCCUCCCCCGUCAUACGUUUUUCAAGCAAAACAUCCUAACUUGGCAGCUCUUUCUGCGGAGGACAGAUGGACGGACCCCUAAGCACAGGCUACCGCCCCGCCUGCCCAUCCUGCCGGGCUCCAGAGCAGGGGCGACUCCUUUCUCCGACACAAGCCCCACCCUUUCUUCCCUGCCCCUCAUUUGAUAGACUUUGUGAAUCUGCGAACUGCUCGACCUGUAGAAGAAAAGCGGUUGGGUGUAAUCAGAUUUACCCUGCUUAAAAAAAAAAAAAAAGUGGAGGGGGGAGAUGUUUUUGUUUGUUUUUUUUAGGCGAAAGUCUUUUUGAUUUAAUCGCUCCUGCUAGAAGGGCCAGGCCAGCGGGAGGGUUGCGGUUGGCCAAGGGCAGGUGGAAGUACAUUUUCAGCGAAAGGCCACGCUCCUCAGCCACCAAGUUGGCAGGUGACGACGCCAGCUUAUUUUUUUCGUUAUUAUUUUAGCCUGAAUUGCCAGCAUUCGGGUGGGUCAGGUGACACCCAUAUGGUGUGUAUCUGGAGGCUGCAGCGGCGAGGCAUUCUGGGGCACCUGGGGAUUGGCGUGGGUUUGUGUUUGCGGUAGGGAGGAAGGGUUUGGGUGAGGGUGGCGGGCGCUGUGUUGAGGGCAAUUGAUGAUGUUUUAAUAUUUAUUACCUGCUACUGAAAUUUUGAAUCUGACUGGACUGCCCCCCCUCUCCUCGAUGAUGUUGAACCUGUAAAGUGACAGAUUCAUAAAGUAACGAUCAAAAUCUCCCUUCCUUUCCGUGUGUAUUUCUAAGAAAUAGAGCCAACCGUUUUUUAUGUAAAUACACCAAGAGCAUCGUACUGGUACUAAACGCUGCAGGUUAGUGCGGACUCCCUCCUCCCCGAUCCUCGUCCCGAUUUCCCUCUCACUCAGGGACCCGCCGCCGCCGCCUCCUUGAUGAAAUGCCCCCCUCCCCUCCCGCCCGGCCCUGGUCCUGGACACGGUCGGUGGGUCCCGGCGGAGGGACCGUGUGUUUAAACCUUAUUUCUUCGUCUUUCCCCUCACUCUACUCGAUUCCUGGCGUUUUGCUGAUCUCUAGUGUAUACUAUGUAGUGUCGGUCCAUGUUUGAUUCCAUUCCAUGGAAAUAAAAAAGUAUGUUGUACAUACUGCCCAAGAAUUGUCUUGCAAGUUAAGGCUUCCCCCUUUACUAUAAGACUAUAAAUAAAAACUUAUUUUAUCCUU